CUCGCAGCUCCGACGUCAGUUGCUGAAAGGUGGGGACACUUCCUGGUGCCCUUGCGACACAGGGACGGCUACUUAAGGGCUGCCGUGUGCCCGUGGCCCGGAGACGCCCACCGCCUGCCCCCUCCCCGACAGCCCUGAGUAUGUCCCUGGCAGAGGCCAUCAGCCUCUGGAAUGAGGGCGUGCUGGCUGCUGACAGAAAGGACUGGGAGGGGGCCCUGGCCGCCUUCAGCUCGGUCCAGGACCCCCACUCCCGGAUCUGCUUCAACGUGGGCUGCGUGCACAGCCUGCUGGGGGACCUGCAGGCGGCGGAGAAGGCCUUCACCAAUAGCAUCCACAGGGACAAGCACCUGGCGGUGGCCUACUUCCAACGGGGCAUGCUCUACUACCAUCUGGAAAGGUAUGACUCGGCCAUCAAGGACCUCAAGGAGGCCUUGACCCAGCUCCGGGGCAACCAGCUGAUCGACUACAAGAUCCUGGGGCUGCAGUUCAAGCUGUUUGCCUGUGAGGUGCUGUAUAACAUCGCUUUGAUGUACGCCAAGAAGGAGGAGUGGAAACAGGCCGAAGAGCAGCUGGCACUGGCCCUGAACCUGAAGUCCGAGCCCAGGCACUCUAAGGUGGACAAGGCCAUGGAGUGUGUGUGGAAACAGAAGCUCUAUGAGCCAGUGCUGAUCCCCAUGGGCAGGCUGUUCCGGCCCAAUGAACGGCAGGUGGCUCAGUUGGCCAAGAAGGACUACCUGGGCAAGGCCACGGUCGUGGCCUCGGUGGUGGACCAGGACAGUUUCUCUGGCUUUGCUCCUCUCCAGCCUCAGGCAGCAGAACCUCCACCGAGACCCAAAACCCCAGAGAUCUUCCGGGCUCUGGAGGGGGAGGCCCACCGCGUGCUGUUUGGCUUUGUGCCCGAGACACCUGAGGAGCUCCGGGUCAUGCCGGGAAACAUCGUCUUUGUUCUGAAGAAGGGCAGUGACAACUGGGCCACGGUCAUGUUCAACGGCCAGAAGGGUCUGGUUCCCUGCAACUACCUGGAACCCGUGGAGCUGCGGAUCCACACACAGCAGCAGCCCCAGUCUGAAGGGCUGCCCACUGCCCGAGAGCAGAGGAAGCUUCUUACCCUGCCUCCCUGUCACCUUCAGGAGGACCCCACCCCAGAGCUUCACAUCCCGGCUCCCCCCAGCGCCAGUGCCCCUGGGAGGCCUCCCCGCUCACCAGGUCAGAGACAAAAGGACGAGCCUCAGGAGACCAGGCUCAGUGGCCCCCAGCCUUACACGGUGAAGGUGCACUACAAGUUCACGGUGGCCGUGGAGACCCGAGCCCAGCUGCCCUACAGCCAGCUCCUGGACCUUGUGGCCAAGAAGCUGGAGCUGUUGCCAGAACACACAAAGCUGAGCUACCGGCCACGGGCUGACCAGCAGCCGGUGCCCCUCUCGGAAGACAGCAUGCCAGACGCCUGGAGGCACGCCACCUGCAGCUGCCUGACUUUGUGGUGUGAGAACACGGUGGGUGACCAAGGCAUUCCAGAGCGUCCCAAGGAGCAUGAGCCCAUGGAAGCCGGUGAGCAGGCAGCCAGCCCUCAGCUGGGAGAAGGGAGCCGCGUGGUGGCGCUCUUCAGCUACGAGGCCAGCCAGCCCGAGGACCUGGCGCUGUCAGAAGGCGAUGUGGUCUUGGUGUUGGCCCAGGUCAACGACGAGUGGCUGGAAGGCGAGUGCAGGGGGCAGGUGGGCAUCUUUCCCAGAGCCUUCGUGGAAGAGCUGGCAACACCAGGGCAGGCGGUCGCGCCCAGCGCGGUCUAGGCCGAAGCCCCCAACGCUGGACCUCC